AUGAACCAUUUGAUCGCAUUCGUGGCCGGUCUGGCCCUGCACAUCCUCAUUUUCAGCCGCGGCGAAUGGGACGGACAUGCUAGAGACAUCGUUGCGGGAUCCGUGCUGCUGAACGUGGGAGUCGCCGCCGUACUUCACGCCACGUCACUUGCGGAUCACUGGCGGACGUCUUUCCGGGCUUCCACAACCCUGGAGCUCACGGCCAUAGCGGGCCUGUUCACCAGCAUGCUCCUGUAUAGGACUUUUUUUCAUGUAUUGUGCAAGUAUCCUGGCCCAUUUGCGGCGAGGCUCUCUAAUCUACAUAUUCUCAAUCUCUCACGACGAUUUCGGCUGUACAAGGAAUUGCACCAGCUCCAUAUGCAAUACGGCGAUAUUGUGCGGCUAGGACCAUCGACAAUCUCUGUUAGCAAGCUGGAGGCUGUGCACGUUAUCCACGGCCCAAGGUCCAAGUGUCGCAAGGGUCCAUGGUAUGAAUACUCCAAGCCGAUGACAUCUCUGCACACAAGCAGAGACCCGGCCGUACACGCGCAACGACGAGUCUCCUGGGAGCGCGGACUCAAUUCAGCAGCACUUCGGAACUACAAGCCCAUUGUUACGCAGACUACACAUAAUCUAAUGGACAGAAUCAAUGCCAGCCAAGGCCAAGUCUUUAAUGCCAGCAAAUGGUUCAACUUGUUCAGCGUCGAGAUAAUGGGCUGGAUGGCCUUCGGCCGGUCUUUUAAUGCGCUUGCCACCGGGAAAGAGACUUACUUUAUGGAGCUCAUCCAUGAGAGCGAACCCAUCUUUGGGACUGUUGUACACGUCUCAUGGCUCUUUAUUUUGAUGAAGCAGAUACCAUUUUUGGCCGGACCAUUUAAUGUUUUUCGGAAGUGGCUACGUGCGCAACUCCUAUCCCAGAUGAACAGCCCCCCUGGCACCUCAUGCAACCUCUUCUCCACCCUGUUGGAAGACUAUCCGUCUUUUGAAGAGCUGACUGAGAAGCAGCGCCUGUCUCUCGAAGGGGAUAUGUUUGUGAUUGUAAUUGCGGGAAGUGAGACUGUCACGGUGAGCUUGCAGACGCUGUUCUACGAGUUAUCCAAUCAUCAAGACGCCCAGAAGAGGUUGCAGCAAGAGAUUGACGAGUUUUAUGUCAAGCAUGAUGAGGCCGACCCGGUGCUUCUCUCCAAAAUGGGAUACCUCCAAGCCUGCAUCAACGAAACUCUACGGCUCUGGCCCCCGGUCCCAUCCGGUGCGCAACGCAUCACACCGCCAGAAGGAAUACAUGUUGGAGAUGCUUUCAUUCCAGGCAAUACACUUGUGCAUGUACCCACGUACCUCAUGCACCGCAAAGAAGAAGCAUUCCCAAGGCCAAAUGAAUUCAUCCCUGAACGCUGGACAACAAAGCCGGAGCUCAUUGCUGAUCGAUCUGUCUAUUAUCCCUUUUCUGCUGGAAAAUACUCGUGUGUCGGGAAGCAGCUUGCACUGGUUGAGCUGCGACAGGUUGCAGUCGAGGUGUUGAGACGCUACACGGUUGAGCUGGCCCCCGGGUUCACAAGCAGGGACUUUGAAGGUGGUCUUCGGGACCGCUUUAGCAUGCAAGCGAAGAGACUCGAUCUUGUUUUCAAAGCAAGAUGA